GAACAACUCAUCGCGAAUCCCAACAAAAGAAUGUAAAUCUCUCCUCACAAGGGCUUCCACUACAGGAAAGCCCGCGAUCCCUACCCCUUAACAUGGAAUUCGACCACGUUUUAAAGAUCGUUGGUGAAUUCGGCCCACAUCAGAAGCGAUUAUAUUUUUUACUCUGUUUUUCAAUCGUUCCUGCUUCAAUACAACUUCUAUUGCAUGUGUUUGUGGCCGCUCAACCAUCCUGGAUCUGCCUGGAUUCUCCUUCGAAUAGCACAUGUCCGAAGAACAGAUCUCACUGCUUAGAGAGGCAAUAUACUACAAAAUUCACAUCCAUUGUGACUGAGUGGGACCUUACUUGUGAAGAUGCAUUCAAAGCAGACCUUGUUCAGUCUAUAGUCAUGGGAGGCACACUUGCAGGAGCAAUGUUAUUUGGUGCCCUUGCAGACAAAUAUGGGAGACGCAAAAUCUGGUACAUUACAUUAUCAGGACUGGUCACUUUUGGAUUUGCUAGCUCUUUUUCACYGACUUACAAAAUUUAUUGUUUAUUGAGAUUUCUCACUGGAAUGUGCGCUGGUGGUGAGAUAUUGACGGCUUUCGUGCUUGCAACAGAAAUUAUUGGACCAACUUAUAGAGGUUUUGCUGGGACAAUGGCUCAGUGUUUUUUUACAUCAGGACUUUUGAUAUUACCAAUUGUGGCUUACCUUAUAAGAGAAUGGAGGACACUGUCGGUAGUGCUUUCUCUUCCAGCUACUGUUUUUGUGCUUUUCUUCAGAUAUGUACCAGAGUCUGCUCGGUGGCUGAUGAUAAGAGGAAGAGUAUCAGAAGCCGAGGAUAUCUUACUAGAUAUUGCAUUAAAGAAUGGAAUAGCAAUUCCGAAAAGUCUUAUUCAGGUCAACAGACCAUUCCACAUUGGCACAAGAUAUGGGUGUCUUGAUCUCUUCUGCACGCGGAAGACUUUCAAAACAACUUUYGUUCUGAUAUUCUUAUGGUUUAUCAACACUCUAGUAUAUUAUGGUCUAUCUUUGAACACUAAACACCUUGGUGGCGAUAUCUAUAUGAGCUUCUUCUUGUAUAGUGUGAUGGAAAUACCUGCAUAUCUGACAUGCUUUUGCUUCAUUAACUGGAUUGGGCGUCGAAAAAGCGUCUGUUAUUAUAUGCUGUUAGCUGGAGUCGCAAGCAUAGGCUGCUUAUUUGCACAAACUGAAAAAACUGGUGUUAGUCAAACACUAACAGUUGUAUUUGCGAUGAUUGGCAAGUUUGRUAUCUCUGCUUCGUUUGCUGUUAUAUAUAUUUACUCGGCAGAGCUGCUUCCUACAGUCGUCAGAAAUGUUGGGAUGGGUGUGUGUUCGGUGUCAUCAAGGAUCGGAGGAAUCUGUGCUCCAUUUGUGGUUUAUCUGGGUACAUACUCACCACCCCUCCCCAUGGUCGUAUUUGGCAUGUGUUCAUUCAGCGCAGGCGUACUAAGCCUCAUAUUACCCGAGACAUUAAACAAACCUUUACCAGAAACACUAGACGACAGUGGAUACGAAGGCCUUAGAAACAACACCUUUGAACAGCUACGAAUGAGUCAUCUUGCUUAUAUUCGCGAGGAAGAAAUAUUUAAAGCCAAUGAAUCGGAUUUUGAUUACGACGACGAACUUGUCUCAGAGAAAACAACUUUUAUCUGAUAGAAGAGAUUCACGAAAUUAUAAUUGUCGAAACGUCGAGUAAACUUGUCGCCAUAAAUUUUAUAAUCAAAUGUUUUGAAACGACGAAAUGCUUAGAAGAGAUAUAUUUAAUAGAGUUUAUCUCUGGGGAAGAAUAGGCCCUCUAAGAAGAUUUCCCCCAAGGACUGGAAUACCGGCCUCCAUUUUAGCUGAUAUGUUCAAAGGAGAUCAAAGCGAGAUCUUUUGACGCCAUGUUGGAUGAUAUGAAAAAAUCUGGACUUGAACGCCAUGUUGGAUGAUAUUUAAAAAAUCUGGACUUGGCCGCCAUGUUGGAUGAGUCAGUUGGAUGCUAUUUAAAAA